UAUGACCACUCUGGGAGACCCCCAGGAUUAAAUGAUUCACGGAGAGGUCCCCUCACUGAGACCCCCUCAGCCGCGUCCUCCCCUUUGCUGCCUCCCACGCCCCUCCCAGGCUCUCCCCCACCUUCCCGGGGCCCUGGCGGGAGAAGAGGACACAGGGCAGCCUGUUCAGGCCCAGGAGACAGAGGGCGCCUCUGUCCACCCCUGGCCCCUCGCCCCUGCUGGGUGUCUGUCCGCGAAGGGGUGGAGCUGGCGGGGAGGGGGGCCGCGGGGGAAGGACAGAAGACAGGUCUCCCCACACAGCGCUGGAAGCCACAUUUGCAGACUCGUCUGUCUGUCCAGAACCUGCUCCCACUCAGGUCCAGGCUGACAGGUGUGGGUAGGUGAGCUGCACAAUGGGCUCAGAGCUGGAAACCGCGAUGGAGACUCUCAUCAAUGUGUUCCACGCCCACUCAGGCAAGGAGGGAGACAAGUACAAGCUGAGCAAGAAGGAGCUAAAAGAGCUGCUGCAGACUGAGCUCUCGGGCUUCCUGGACGCCCAGAAGGAUGCAGAUGCUGUGGACAAGGUGAUGAAAGAGCUAGACGAUAAUGGAGAUGGGGAGGUGGACUUCCAGGAGUAUGUUGUGCUGGUGGCUGCUCUCACAGUGGCCUGUAACAACUUCUUCUGGGAGAACAGUUGAGCAGACAGCCCCCAGUUGGGCAGCGCCCUGCCCCUUCACCCUGCUUCCCCCCACCCCACUUUUCCCUCCUUCCUCUCCUACCCUCGUCCACCCUCCACCAAGGGCGCAAGAGUAGCAGGCCAGGCCUGCAACUCAUCUUUCAUUAAAGGCUCUUCUCUCGCCA